AUGGACGCUCAGUAUGACCUGCACGACCUUCAUGACUUCUCCUACAAAGAGGUCAUGAAGGUGACGUGCGAUGAAGAUGCCACUGUGGCAUGGUGCUUAAAAGUUGGCCUGCUCAAGAACGUGAUGCUCUGCCCAAAGUGCGACGGCGCCAUGACCAUGUCCGUCCCAACGAAGCGUUGGCGCUGCCGCCGGUCUUCUUGCGGCGAUGUCCAGCGAAGCAUCAAGGCGGACUCGUUCUUCGCCAAGUCAAAGUUGCCAUUGACGAAGGCGGUCCGCCUGAUGUUUGACUGGGCAUCGCGCAAGUCAGUCUCCGUGGUAACGAAAGAGCAAGAAGUGUCGCCAACCUCGGCCGGCGACUGGUUUAACUUUUGCCGCGAGGUUUGCUCAGUCGAAAUGCUAACAUGCGAAAUGAAGUCCACGUAG